AUGUAUGAUGUAAACCCUGAGAAUGGUGGUCACACAUUUACAAUGCGAAUUACGAAUUCUAGAAAUGAAGUUAAAACUGAUAAUCGGUKGGUAGUUCCAUACUCAUCAUUGCUGUCAAAAGCGUAUAAGGCUCAUAUUAAUUUCGAGUUUUGCAGUUCCGUCAAAUCCAUUAAGUACAAUUGUAAACAUGUUAAUAAAGGUAGUGAUUUGGCCGUAUUUGAAAUACAAAAUAUAAACAAAAAUGACGAAAUAGCAAGAUACCAGAUGGGUAGAUAUAUAAGCAGCAGCGAAGCAAUCUGGCGUAUUUUYAGUUUUCCCAUACACGAAAGAGAACCUUCUGUCCAGCAUCUUGCAGUACAUCUUGAAAACGAUCAAACCUAA